CCCGAGAGGCUCUUCUCAUUGGAGGAAAUUGGAUAUGGGCAACGUAAGCGCUCGUCUUGAAUGAGAAAAUAGCAGAGGAACCCACACACACAGGCAGACUGACAGAAGCCACUGACACACACACACACGCGGACUGACCGAGUCUGUGGAUGCAGCCACAACAAGGAGCGCAUUAUCAUUUUUUUUUGGGAGUAAACACGUUUUCGUCAUCAGGAGCUUUUUUUUAUUUAUUCCAGCCUUUUGCGUCAUUACGAGCCGAGCGCGCAUUCCUCAGCAGGAUUUGCGCAUCUCCAAUUGCGGCUCGUGGUUUCUUCGCUGUUUCAGAUUUUUCUUUCUGCCCGGGAGGAAGCUUCCUCACACCGGUCAUGCUCGAGCUGCGACUGGCGACGCGUUUCAUCUGAGAUCCUCCUGUUUUCAACCAGGGCAGAAAUAAAAAAGAUGGAACAGCAGCAGCAGCAGCAGCAGCAGCAGCAGCUCUCCAAGCCAGAGAGCAAAAACAUGGACGCGUGUCUGAGGCGACUGAAGCAAGAAGUGCUGUCCAUGAAAGAAGCCGGAGAUGGCCUCCACGCUCAGAUGAAUUCCAUGAUGGGAGCCCUCCAGGAACUCAAGCUCCUCCAGGUUCAGACAGCUCUCGACAACCUCGACAUCUCAGGUCGGCCCAUUAACCGAGGGAUACCACAUCCAGCUCCAUCGGCUGCUCCUAACGCAUCAGCUGCAGCAACUCCAGCUUCAGAAAAGGAUAACGGGUCCUGCUUUAGCCAGAGCCUGCCACUGGAGCCCAGCCCAAGUCCAAUGUCAAGUCCAAGGAUGUCUUUGGAGAGCAGAAACACCUUCAGCAGGGAUGGCCCAAGCAGAAGCAGCAUGGGAACCUCGUCUUCCUCGGCAUCCAGUCUGCAGAGUGAGGCAGAGAGAAACUCAAUAACAGCAAGAAAUGAGAAUGACCUUGUGUCAAUACCCAAGCGUUGGUCAGGAUACAUGGCCCCCCAAGUGGACUUCUACGGACCGAUGGUGGGAAACCCCCCACCAGGGCCCUACCCUCAACCACAGGCUCAUGCUCAGGCUCAUGCUCAGGCUCAUGCUCAGGCGGUGGAUCUGCCUGGCAUCCUGUACAGUCUCUCCAGGGAGGGCCCUUCGCUAGACAGCGACUACUCCCAGGACAGCACAGAUGACCCCAGCGACUGGACCUCCUCGCUCAUGAGCCGUAGCCGCAACCGUCAACCGUUAGUGCUGGGCGACAACGUCUUUGCCGACCUAGUGGGUAACUGGCUGGACCUGCCCGAGGUGGAGAGGGAGGAGGUGGAAGAAGAGGAGAGGAGGAAGAGGAGAGAGGAGAGGACAGCAGAUGGUGAAGCAGACAGACCGGACACCCCUGCUCAUCCUCUCCGCCUCAGCCGCUCGCAGGAGAUCUGCAGGAAGUUCUCCCUCACCACAAACAUCUUCAAGAAGUUCCUGCGCAGCGUUCGGCCCGACAGGGACAAGCUGCUCAAGGAGAGGCCUGGCUGGAUGGCUCCCGAGCAGCCAGAGGGCGACCUCUUCAAAAGACCCAAAAAAGUGGUUCCUAAGAAUUCGAAAGGCAGCUUCUACCUGCCGUUCUGGGCAAACGGACAGCAGGGCAAAGGCAGGCCGUGUCCACAUCAAGCAGAAGCAGAGAGGAUCCACCAACAUCACUUCCCCCACUUUUGCCAGCAGCCAUUUGCAGGGAUUUAUUUAGACAGGAGACAGCCAGAGACUGGUCUGGACAAAAUGCAGCCCUUGUUUGACUACAACACAGCUGUGUGGGUCUGAGAGUCUCCGGCCAACUCAGCGCCGAUGAGGCCAGACCGAGUGAGUGACAGGUGCUGGGGAUAUUUAGCUGAGCGGGAGCGGAAUGAAUGAAUGACUGAAUGGACAACUGCGAAUCUUGGAUACAGUUAUCUUCCAAAAUUGAACCGUUGAACUUCACGUCCGCAACAUGACUCUGCUGCGACUGAGAGAUUAUCAGGGCAACGCUUUGUCUGACAAUCCUUAAAACCUCAACCUCGUUUGCUGUGUAUGUUUGAGCAUGUGAGUGUGAGCUGGAACAGAGAGAAAGACUUUUAUGCAAGUUUUGUAUUAUUCAAUGUUUUUCAUGUGUGUAUGCAUGAAUGACUGGUUCUUAAAAGACGGUACGCAGAGAAGACAUCUUUCUCAGAAUGUCGCCUCACUACGGUUCUUUAUAAAAGACGUCCACAGACUUUCACUUCUAUGCUACAGGACACACACCCAUAUCUCACUUCUUUGCAUCUAUGAAUAGAAACGCCAACUGUUGGAUUGCAUGGUUACUGUUUUUAUAGUUGAUGCUACAAACAGCUGUUACUGAACGCACUGCCACUAAACACUCUCCCUUUUGUUUCCAAACUUCGGAAACUCAGGUUAAACUCAUCCCGUCGGUCUCGCUCACUUUGCUCAGGGAUUAAAUGCAACACAGGAGGAAGCUCUGGGACGCUGCCACAUUUAAACGUGGUGUAUACACAGUGUAGAGGAGUCUUCCUUCAUCCCAUUUAACCCAGUAAAACAAAACAGCAACGCAGUGCAUGCCUCGUCCAAAGAUUGUCAGUCCACUUGGUUUGUUAUGCAGAGAGAGGAGGGGUGAAGAUGGCACAGCCAACCACGAGUACCGACUGACUGCCAUCUGGUACCAGGACAUUAUGUAAAGCUUGUUCCCGCCAAACGCCGGAAGAAGAUGCAGAACAGUUACAGUUAAUCCCGAAGCUCUGCAGAUGAACUGAACUACAGUGAUUGUGUUACACACUGUAUAUACCAAGGUGAACACAUUUCAGGGCAUGAACAGGGAUGAGACGGUUGAGACUGGAGGUUAAGAUCUACUGUCUCCUUCUAAAUGUACAGAACAUUGUACAUAUUUGCCAUCAAGCAACCGGCAGCAAUAACAGCCAUUUUCGGAAAUAUCUGAUCGCAUGAUUUUCAUUAUUCUGCACAGAUAAAUGUGUGUUACAGUUACAUUACAGUUCUUACAUGACACGUGAACAAAGCCACCACACUUGUACUCAAACCACAGACUGACAAGUUCAUCUCUAACCUACAAUUUCUAUUCUGUGGUAUCAUAAUAAUCCGUUUCAGUCUUGUUUUCAUUUUCGAGCAGUUUCAUAACAGUUAAAAACAAACUUCCUCCACGAGUUCAUAUAAAAAUCAGGAUUCCCUCAGGUUUACAGAUGACACUGCCCGCUCUCACUCUAAAACGCUUGUUUUUAUUGAGGACCACUGUUAUGCAAGGACAAUCUGAUACCACAUUCUAUUGUAAUUUAAAACAAACAGUCCAAUUCACUCAAGUUUUAAAUGUGAUGCUGGACCAAUCAACUUAGUCUGAGGGGAUUAGGCUUUGGGUCUUUCGAGUGUCUUGGCCAGUCAAUCCAUAUGGUGUCGUCUAAGUAUUCAGGUCAAUACAUACCACAUAUUCAGAGGGUCCAACACACACACACACACACACACACACACACACACACACAGUUUCUGCUGGGUCAGUUGUGCCAUGAGACACAGUCUGAGAUAACUUAUUACACGGUAUGUGUAUGUAAACAAGACAUUUAUUUCUUCCUAUUUACAUUUGUCUAAGUGUGUUUUACAGCACUGUUGUUGAUAUUUUUUUCAUCAGGGUUCUGCGAACCUUCGGUAGUGAUUCUGUGUCGUGUGCACUGUAAAACUGACUCUUUGUUAAUUAAAUGUGUUUUCAGAAAGAAA